AUGACUGUCGUCAAGGAGAAGCAGACCAGGUCGGCGAGACCUCAUCCUUACCUCCACGGCAACUUCGCCCCCAUUCACCGAGUCCUGCCCCUCACUCCAUGUUCGUAUACCGGCUCCAUCCCGGACGAGCUCGCGGGUGGAGAGUAUGUUCGAAAUGGAGGAAAUCCGGUGACAAACGAAGAUCUGGGGAGAGAUGCACAUUGGUUCGACGGAGAUGGGAUGUUGAGUGGGGUUGCGUUUCAGAGAGGAGCAGAUGGAUCGAUACGCCCAGCUUUCGUCAACCAGUACAUUCUUACGGAUGCCUACCUUUCGACCGUCUCUUCGCCGUCUCUUCGGCUUCCCAUUUUACCAAGCAUAGCAACACUUGUCAAUCCAGCUUCUACCUUGCUGCGAAUCAUCCUCCGCAUUUUCAGAACUCUGUCCCUGGUCUUCAUUUCCCAUCUCCCAGGCUCAGAGCAAGCAAUAAAGAAAAUCAGCGUUGCGAAUACCGGCAUUCUGUACCACGACGGCAGAGCGCUGGCGACUUGCGAGAGCGGACCACCCAUCAGAGUUUCACUGCCUGGUUUGGAGACUGUCGGGUGGUUUGAUGGGGGGAAGGCAGAAGGAGAGCCGGCUACGGAGAAUGUACCAGGAGACGUCUUUGGAGGGAACGGCCUCUUGAGCUUCAUGAAGGAAUGGACAACCGCACACCCUCGAGUCGAUCCUCUAACGAAUGAACUCAUCCUGUUUCAUUCGACAUUUUUCGCUCCUUUUGUCUUUUACUCGAUUAUACCCAGCUCACAAAACUCCAGCCGGUUUGCACAACCUUCUCGGCUUGUCAAUGCGGCAGUGCCUGGCAUCAAAUCUGCGAAGAUGAUGCACGACUUUGGGGUUUCAUUUGCGCAUACCGUGAUCAUGGACCUACCGCUCUCUCUCGAUCCUAGGAAUCUUGCAAGAAACGAGCCUGUGGUAUCUUACGAUCCUUCUGGGCUUUCGAGAUUUGGAGUGUUCCCAAGACGGCAUCCAGAAUCUGUACGCUGGUUCGAGACCAAUCCCUGUUGCAUAUUUCACACUGCGAACACGUGGGAUGAGUCUGCCUUCAAUCCUCUGACCAAGGAGAUCGAGACCAUAGCUGUUAAUAUGCUCGCGUGCCGGCUCACAAGCGCCUCCCUGGUCUUUAGUGCAGGAGAUGUCGCGGCACCCAUCCCGAAGCCAAUUACUUCUCCUAGAUAUGCAGUAGAAGAGGAGCAGUGUCGACUAUAUUAUUAUCGUUUUUUGCUUUCUGGCUCUGAGAAUAUCAUCACGCAUCAAUUCGCUCUGACUGCGAUGCCAUUCGAAUUUCCGUCAUUGCGAGAUGACAUGUCGAUGUCCUCAACGCGCUACAUUUAUGGGUGUUCAGUCUCGGACAGCACAUUUGGAGCAGCUCUCGGCCGUGCUGUGAAAAUCGACUCUCUCGUCAAAGUUGACGCUACUGCCUUGAUCAAGCAGGCAGAGCAAGAUCCGCCUAAUGCAAUCACAGGCUGUGUUGACAUGAGAAGCGUUGCCGAGAUCUUGGCUUCUGAUGACCCGGAAGACCCCAUCAAAAUCUUCAAGCUACCACCAGGUUUCUACGCCCAGGAGUCACGAUUCGUACCUCGCCAGAAUGGGAAGUCGGAAGACGAUGGCUGGAUUCUGUCGUACGUCUUCGACGAGAGCCAGCUUGACGAAGCUGGGAACGCUGGACCAGGUGCCAAGAGUGAGCUCUGGAUUGUUGAUGCUAGGAAGAUGAAGGAAGUCGUGUGCAAAGUGCAACUGCCGCAGCGCGUACCUUACGGCUUGCAUGGGAAUUGGUUCAGUGAGCCAGAAAUCCUCAGCCAGCGGCCGGUGGAAACUAUCCGUCACCUCCCAAUACCGAAGGGCAAGGCCCUUGCCGCGGUGAAUCGUGAAGCACAUAUGGUCAUGGAUGCGUGGAUGGUAGUCCGGAAGUGGAUGUUAAAUAUUUUGGAAUGA